GGGCAUGGCGUAUGCCAUCCCUCGUCGCGGUUGGAUUGGACGCCUUCUGAACCGGGGCCGUUUAAUGCCAAGGAACAUGCCGCCAUUGCCCUGAUGGCCUCCGCGGCAUCUCAGUCGGCUUUGGCCACCGAAGCGCUGGCCGUGCAGCAGCUGUACUACGGCGGCUACCCGAGCCAUGCAGCCGGUGUGUUCAUCACUUUGUCCUCCCAACUCAUCGGAUAUGGCAUUGCCGGCUUGCUCCGUGACAUCAUUGUUCGCCCGACAAAGAUGCUCUGGCCGAUGACCCUCCCGAUCAGUAGCUUGCUCGAAUCUCUCCACAAGAACAAGCAGCAAUCCAAAGCCCGGUUGAAGGUUUUCUACAUUGUAUUCUUCAUUUUAUUCUUCUGGGAAAUCGUUCCUGAGGUAUGCAGCUCGAUGGAAUGGUGGUUGCUACUCAUGCUGACGUGUGUGCGACUAGUACAUUUUCCCCGUGCUGGAGGGUGUGUCCAUUUUCUGCCUUGCAAACCAACACAGCCUGGUUUUUACCAACCUAUUCGGCGGCGCUUCCGGAAAUGA